CUACGAUUAUAUACCAUCCUGCGAUGCCUAGGAAAGUGGUGAAGAGGAAUGGCCCAACACAGGUUAUCAAUAGACCUAAUCCUCUGCCAGAGGCCGUCUUGAACGAAAUCGAAAAUGCCGAGGGAUGGGCCUCCGUCGUGCACAUCCUCUGCGAUUCUUUCAAGUUACCAGAUCUUACGAAGCGCAGUGGCCUCAAGAAGAUCUAUCUGCGCUUCAAUGAAACCUACAACAUGCUCGACGACGCGUACGUAAAGAACGCCGGCAACAUUAAAGUCACGGGAGGUAUCGUUGGAAUAUGGGCGAAGAUGUCUGCCGACGCUCUUCUCCGGGACAAGCUACUCAAAGAAGCCUUUGUGUCGAAGCUGGUCCCGCUGCUCGAUAUACCCUUGACUCGUUAUAUCGUCUUGCAGGCACUGUCUACCGUGACACACCAUGGAGGACUAGUAGCUAGGCACGAAAUUGCGAAGCUCACUCCCACACUUCUUCGACUCCUUGGAGAAUUUCCCGAUGACGACGCGCUCACUGAGCUCACUACAGUGAUCAUGUUUCAUGCAAUAGGCGCGGUCAUUGGCCAGGAAGAGGAUCCCGAUCCACAGCUGCUGAGACGUCUUGAUAUGCGCUCUGUGCUCAAAAUCACCACGGACAACCUCCGCAAGCCGAGCGCGUCGCGCCUGAUGAUCAACCACGCGAUGGGUAUUCUCAACAGCGCAACGCUUCAUUGCCACAAGGAAUGCAAGGCUCUUCCGUCCCUCGUCACCUUCCUUGUCGCGUGUGUCCGCGGUAACGAUCUCAUCACCCGGUGCAAUGCUCUCGGCGGGCUCAUUCGCCUCAACUACAAGGAGUCGGAGCCCGACAUGCGCUUCUACGACCCGCAGAAGAUGAUAGCAGCGGUGCAGCGCCGCUUCCCGGACGAGCUGGUCGACAACAUCAUGGACUACGGCCUCGAGCGCUGCGACAUGAUGGUCACCCUCCAGUCGACGAAGAGUUUCCAGCACGCGAUGAUGGAGGUGGUGCGCACGCAUGACCUGUAUUCGCUCGGACAUACGCUUGCGCGACUCAUUCUGCGAACAGAGUUCUCCGUGGCAGACGGCAUGUUCGAGGUGCAGAACGAACGCACGGGCAAGCUCGAGAAAAUGGACGUGGGCCUACCGUUUACGAUGUGGUCGGAUGCACUGCCCCACUGCGUGCGCGCCCUUCGCGGGCGCGGGGGCAAGGCAGACCUGGACGCUGCGGACGUCGUAGAGAUGAAACACUAUAUCAUGAAGCAACGUGUCAGCGACUCGGUACAGAUCGGCCUCAAAGUAAUCGAACGCAACCCCCAGUUGGCGUACGCGUACUACGUGAUCGCGCUGGGUGCGGAUACCGAGCGGGGCUUGCGGUGCGCCAAAAAGGGCCUGAAGUGUAAAGAAACCACACCGUUCGUCAAGAACUAUCUCCUCUGGCGUGCCGUCGAGCACGCGGGCAACAUGGGUGUUACUCGGCUUCAGGAAGCAACGGCCGGCAGCAAAGAUUAUACUGAAGGGCUGGCAUUCCUGACUUCGUCUCAGGAGGACGCGAAGCGGUUCAUUGCCGAGGCACCUCCCGAUUCGCGUAACAUGGGCACUAUCUUGGACUGGUACAUCAUUUGCACGAUUGCGCUGAAAGGGCCGGAGUUGAGCGCCGACCUCCACGAACUAAACGACUACUUCAAGAAGGUCGAGCUCGCCGACAGGUUCGCCAACUUCUUCGGCUACCCUCCAAAGCAGACCCAGAUGCGCCUCACCCGCGAGCUCAUCGUCUCCAACUACCCCGCAGCCAUGAAAAGCUGGGGUGCCGUCAUUUCGCGCUUUGACACGAUGGAUCUGAACACCGAGCCGGAUGCUCACGGCACCCCGUCGUCAGACAAAGUGUUCGACGGUCUCGCCGCGUGGCUUGACGACCUGCACGUUGACGACGGCCCAGCGGUGGAACAGCAGCGGCACUGCGUCCAUCCCAGAGUCUCGCCCAAUAGCGUCUCUCUGUAUCGAUGCUCGUACUGCGGCAAUCCGAGCGCUGUAUUGAGAAAGUGCGGCGGAUGUGGCAAGACUAGAUAUUGCGACCAGUCCUGCCAGAAGUCCCAUUGGAGCGAGCACAAGCGUGCAUGCAAAGCCAAUGCGUAGACGUUCAAUUCGCCCUACUCAAGUGCGAUCUACAUUUCUUGUCAUCUCUUGUGCUGUAUUUGUGUCACAUCUGUUUGCCCGUAUGACCCGGUCUUCUGCUUUGCUGCCCAUAUGAAUACCCAACUUGUCUGUACAACAUAGAAGUGAUAAAUAUAUCGCACUCUCUGAGAGAGAAAUGGCUGGCCGAAACAGUCCCUCAUGCCGAAAUCGACAAUGUGUCCCGAAAGCAAAAACAUAUAUGGGCCAGUAUGAAAUGCAGAAGCACUAAGAUCUGCGACGCUUGUUCUUAGUAGCGUCCAGAGCGUCCGCCUUUCGCUCCUCGACCCUCUGUAGGAACUCGACUUUUU